UAUGAUUUAAUACAUAAAUAAGGAGUUUAUUGUUUAAUUGGGGAGAUAGUAGUAUCCUGUUUCCCAGCCCCAGGCCAGUCCGAAAAUCUAUUAUUUUAAAGUUCGUUUACUUUUUCAUUAGUAAAUCUGUGGAUUCACUGGCCAAGGGCACCUAUACAGUAAUUGCUAAAUAAACAUUUGUUAAAUUACUGGAUAGAAGGGAAUCCAUUAGGGAGGGAUAUUAUUAUUAGCAGUACAGAAACACAGAUUAAAAGUUGGAAGGGAGUUCAGGUGGAUUAAUCCAACCUUCUAUCCACCCUUCUUCCGUUCCAUAUUCUAACAUAAAAACUAGAAACUGGGACCCAGAGAAUACAGUUAAAUUGCUCAGAAUCACAAUGGCAAAUGAGGGAUUCGAUCCUAAGUUUUCCUGAUGUCAAAUAUAGUCCUUUCAAUUUUACUAUGCUGCUCACCGGGCAAUUCAGGUGUGUGUGUAGAAGAACAUAAGGGCUCUUAGAGCUGAACUGAAAACUCUAUGAUUCACCAGGAUCCCUCUGCCCCAAUACUUAUACAUAACCUUUAAAACUACCUUUCUUCUGCUUCCCUGAGUUUUUGACUCUUAGAGCCUUUUUUAGAACCCUAACAGGAACAAUGUCUAGCAAGGGAUAGCUGCUAAAUAAAUACUUGCUGAUUGAUUGAUUGCCUCUAAGCGACUGGAAUUCCACUGCUCCAAAUCAGUUCUGGCCAGCUGAGCAAUGAAUGGUUUGGGGCUCAGAGUAUCUGGUUUAGAAUUUAGGCUCAGUUACUUUCUGCCUGUGGGACUGGAUAAUCUCUUUUUUCGGGUCUCAGUUUCGUCCUUAACAAAACACAGGGACAGGAUUAUAUGAUUUUUAAGGUCUCAUCUUUUAAAAUCAUUUUUUAGCUGCUCUGGGAGCAAAUCCUGGCUUUGCUACUUAUUACUGCAUCAGUUCAACAAAUCAGUCAACAAACACUUCAUGCCAAAGACUAAGUACAUACAAAUCAAGUAAUAGCUAAGCAUUUCUAUAGCACUUACUAUCUAUCAGGCACUGCAUUGGGGAGGGAAAAAGAAAGCAAAGAAAGGGGCAAAAACCCUACCCCUCAAAGUAAACUGGUCCUGCCUCAAGCUUCCAUUGUAAUGGGGGGAGACAAGCUGCAAAAGACUAAGUAUAAAUUCGAUAAAUACGUUAGGGACUCCUAGAGGGAAGGCACUAGGAGUGGGGAGCAGGGAAGAACGAGCUCUCCAGCAGAAGGCGGGAUUUAAAAGAAACUGGAGUGUCCGGGGGGGCCGAGAGGGCGGGCACUUCAGGAAUAGGAGACAUCCCGUGCGAACCGUAGCAAAGAGGGGCAUCAAUUUCCACUCCUACUUGUUGACUGUGUGACAUUAGUUAAGUCCCUCAACCUCUCUAAUCCUCCGUUUCUCCAUCUGUUAAAUGAAGGAAGGGGCGUGUGCGUCAGACAUUCCCCAAGGUCCAUUUUCCGCCUUAAAUCCCACGAGGAUCAAGCUUUUUGCGGUGGCCAGACCGUCUUGCCUCCGGUGCCCGCAGAGGCUUCCAAGCUCGGUUCUCCCGGACCUCAGACUCCCUUCUUCUCCCCUCCCUGCCGCUAGGGGUCGUCAGGCUGCCCGCUGAGCGGCAAUUUCGAGACUUCGGAAUCGUCCGCCCCCACUCGCAGCCGCCCGCCGCGUCCAAGGGCAAAGCCGCUGGGAGUCGACUAGCGGGGCCCGGAGCACUAUUUCUCCCAGCGGAGGGAUCUCGGAGAGCGAUCAUUGUGCUGUAGUCAAAGAAGGACCGGAACGCGGGAAGAGGCGGUGCCGACGCCCGGACGAAGGCGCGGCGACGUCGCCGCCGCCGCCUGCGGGAGUGGGUAGUGGGAAGAGGAGGAAAGGGGGGGGGGCCGGAGGAGGGAAGUAGUUCCGGGUGCGCGGCCCCGGAUGUUGGCUGCUCCCGCUGCUGCCGCCGCCGCCGUCGUAGCCGUCGCUAUCGCCGCCACCGUGGGCGCUGCUCUGUUUCUUGGCCGCUCGCUCACUUCAGCUGCCGUUGGGGCCUUUCCUGGGGGGCACGCAUACUCACGGAGCGGGCCGGGGCUCGGUUGGGCCGCCCCGGCCUCCGAAGCCUGAGUUUUUCUUUGUGGCCAGAUGGGUUUGUAUGGACAAUCCUGUCCAUUUGUAACUUCAUCAAGGAUGACAUCUGAACUGGAGAGCAGCCUCACAUCUAUGGACUGGUUACCACAGCUUACCAUGAGGGCAGCCAUCCAAAAAUCUGAUGCUACACAAAAUGUACAUGGAACAGGUAUUUCAAAGAAGAAUGCACUUCUGGACCCAAAUACAACAUUGGACCAGGAGGAAGUCCAGCAGCACAAAGAUGGGAAGCCACCAUAUAGUUAUGCCAGCCUCAUUACAUUUGCCAUUAAUAGCUCACCCAAAAAGAAAAUGACUCUCAGUGAGAUUUAUCAGUGGAUUUGUGAUAACUUCCCAUAUUAUAGAGAAGCUGGCAGUGGUUGGAAGAAUUCCAUAAGACACAAUCUUUCUCUGAACAAGUGUUUUCUUAAAGUGCCUCGAUCCAAGGAUGACCCUGGAAAGGGUUCUUACUGGGCAAUAGACAACAAUCCCAAGGAAGACACACUGCCUUCACGGCCAAAGAAGAGGGCAAGAUCUGUAGAACGGGCCUCAACUCCAUAUAGCAUAGAUUCAGAUUCUUUGGGAAUGGAGUGUAUUAUUUCGGGAAGUGCCUCUCCAACUCUGGCAAUCAACACUGUGACUAACAAAGUAACAUUAUAUAAUCCAGAUCAGGAUGGCAGUGACAGUCCUCGCAGUAGCCUUAACAACAGUCUCUCGGACCAGAGUUUGGCAUCUGUUAAUUUGAACAGCGUUGGAAGUGUGCACAGCUAUACACCAGUGACAAAUCAUCCAGAACCAGUCUCUCAGUCAUUAACUCCUCAGCAGCAGCCACAGCCACAAUACAGCAUCCCAGAACGAGACAAACAACUACUUUUCUCAGAAUAUAAUUUUGAAGAUCUUAGUGCCUCAUUUCGAAGCCUUUAUAAGUCAGUUUUUGAGCAGUCACUUAGCCAACAAGGUUUGAUGAGCAUCCCUUCUGAAUCAUCCCAGCCACCCCACACUUCAUGUUCCUAUCAACACUCUCCCAGCAAUACCGUGAGCUCUCACCAACACAGUGGCCAAAGCAGCUUAUCGAAUAGCCACAGCAGUGGUCUUGGUGCUACUGCCAAUAAUUCCGUGGCACAAGUUUCUCUGUCUCACCCCCAGAUGCACACACAGCCAUCUCCACAUCCUCCCCAUCGACCGCAUGGUUUAUCACAGCAUCCACAACGUCCUCAGCAUCCAGCACCACACCCACAACAACACAGCCAGCUGCAGUCUCCACAUCCCCAGCAUCCGUCUCCACAUCAACACAUACAGCACCAUCAGAAUCAUCAGCAUCAGUCGUUAGCACAUCAGACACAUCCACCCCCACAGCAGGUAUCCUGCAAUUCUGGUGUUUCUACUGAUUGGUAUGCAACACUGGAUAUGCUGAAAGAAAGCUGUCGGAUCGCUAGCAGUGUUAAUUGGUCAGACGUGGAUCUUUCACAGUUCCAAGGUUUGAUGGAGAGUAUGAGACAGGCUGAUCUCAAGAACUGGUCUUUAGAUCAGGUCCAAUUUGCAGAUCUCUGUUCUUCUCUUAAUCAGUUCUUUACCCAAACUGGUCUUAUCCAUUCACAGAGUAAUGUUCAGCAAAGUGUUUGUCACAAUGCCAUGCACCCAACAAAACCUUCCCAACACAUUGGAACAGGAAACUUGUACAUAGACUCCAGGCAAAAUCUCCCUCCUUCAGUGAUGCCUCCCCCUGGUUAUCCUCAUAUCCCACAAUCACUUAGCACUCCAGGAUCAACAAUUGCAGGACAUCAUGGAGCAAUGAGCCAGCAGCAUAUGAUGCCUUCUUCAGCCUUCCAGAUGCGACGUGCUUUGCCUCCAGAUGAUAUUCAGGAUGACUUUGAUUGGGAUUCCAUUGUGUAGGACUUUUUGAGGGCAUAAGAACUGGCCUUGUUUCCAUACAGUUUAAAAAGAAAGGGUGAACCUGAAUUCACUAAUGACAAGGUGAAGAUUAUAAUCACUAUAAAGAUGCUAUCUAAAUUUACUUUGAAGACAAUCAAAAAUAUUUAGCAGGAUAACUUAUGGCUUUUAUUUGACCCAAACAAGUACUUCAUGUCUGUUUACCUGCCAGCUGCCGUAGCUCAUUACUGUCAUGUGAUUUGGACAGCUUUUAGCUUGUGUUGGUUUGAUGUUGACCACAAGUGCCAGACUGAUUUCUAGACAGAGCCUCUUUUGCUGCAAACAGUUAUAGAUCAUAUGUUGUGUAAAUAUAUGUACAAAAGUAAGAAAAUUAAACUUUUUCCUAAUUGGGUUUCAAUGUCUUAAGAAAAAUUAGGCUCUUUUACUUAAGAUUAUUUUCUUUUGUGUAGGUAAUUAUUAAGAAAUUAACUUUUCUAAGCCCAGUUUCCUUUAGACACACCCCUCCCCCUUCACCAUUUUGUAGGCCAAAAUAGUACAUGUGCAUGUGACUUCUGUUCAGCAAGCAAAGGAAUUCAGAAUCCAUAGUUUGAAAGCUUGGUACACAAGUCCAAAGUGGCAAGUUUUUCAUGAGUAGCUAAAGAAAAAAAUAGACCAAAGUCAUUUAAGUUUUUGGAAUUUUGUCAUUUUCUUAGUAUAUAUUGUCAGUGGCCUUUGUUAAUUUUUUAAAAUCCUCUGUAACAACUAUAAAAUUCAUUUAACCAGAUAGAAAUUGAGUACAGCCUGAUGCUUUAAGCAGUCAAUGCUUAUACUUUCACUUUCUAAUGUAUUUAUUAUUAUAAAAUUUUAUUUUAAUAUUUAUUACUACUACCUUCUGUGAAAGUUCAGCUUCAGUUGGGCUCAUUAUGGAAAAGUACAAAAGUUAAAGUAAAGCAUGGUUACAACUUUGAGUGAUUGUGGAUGAACCAAAAGAACUUAAAUUGGCUUCUGUAUAAGUUACUUGUUCUGGGAAUGGUUACCAUUUCUCUGUUUUGGGUGUAUGAGACUUAGUAGUUAAGAAAAAGUAUUCAAUUCAGAGUUCAUUUGAGUAAUGGAAUUCCUGCUAGAACCUAGAAAGUUGAAGAAGUUAACCUCUGUCAGUUUCUUUUGUAAUUACACUGAAACUAUGGGAAAACCAUAGAUUUCCUUUCCUAUGUGACAAAUUUGAAGUUAACAGACUGUUAGACAAUUCCUUGGAAUCAGACAUUUUCAGGUUUUUGUUUUGUUUCCUAUUUAAUACAAAUUUGCUUAUUUUCUUUGUUUUAUAAUGAAACUUACAGAAACAAAUUUUGAAAAUUGAAAUAUUUAGAAUCUUUAGUGAAGGGAAAAGGAAUUUGCCAAAAAUUCUCCAUCAAUAGAAUACCCAUAGGUUCCAUAUAAUCAAGGAAUGAAUGGAUACCUGCCUAACAACCAUAAUAUAAAAGAUCAAAUCAUCACAACUAAGUUGCUUUCCUGUCCUGGAGUUGAAAGAAAUGGUCUUUCUGUAGUUAGGCAGCAGAAUUUCUUAACUAGGAAAAAACACAUCUUUGUUUUUUAUGCAGUGACAGUAAAACAUUAUUUAAAAUGAAGCACAAGGAGGUUGCUCAUUGGGCUAGUGAUGGAGAGGAAGGAGGAUCUUACUGUAACCUAGUUACGUAGAUCCUCUUUCUCAAUGGCAAAAAACCUAGAGAGGUCCCUUUUUAGAAAAUGCAGAGGAGGUAAUAUAGCCUAUUGAAGAUAGGUUUGAAUAAUUUGUUCAAAGCCAGGUUUAACAUUUCACUGUUGGUAGCAGCUUCCAGUCUGUUUAGAUGAUUAAGUAGCAAUAUGCACUUUAAAACCAUUUUAGAUAUUUGAAUGCAAUUUUAUGCAGAAGGAUUUGGGUAGAAAUGUAUGCUCUAGCUAACCACUGACUGAAAUUUAGCAAAUUGUAUGACGUUAAUUUCCAACUUAGUAAUAAUUUGUUGAUUCAUUUCUAUGGAUUUGGAAUAAGCAAGAAUGGAUCCUGAGGUGAAGUCUCAAUACUGUCUUAUAACUCCCCUUCUGCCAUCUUGUGGUUCAGAAACAUGGACAGGUUUUUUGUUUGUUUGUUUGUUUCAAUAGAAAACCAUCCCUUUGUGCCUGGACCUGGGUCUUUAUCCCUUUAUGCUCUGGGUAGUUGGUGCACUUGAUAGUUACAAAUUCAGAAGUUAUGCCUUGUGCUUAAAUUGACCAUACACUUUUUAGAAACAUUAAAAAAAAAUGUGCAAAACUCACAGUGGGGCAGCCUGUCCAGGAGAACAGUGCAACUGGCAUUUGUGGCCUGGUUUUUUGAAUGUCAAUGUGUCAAUGUGCUUUCUUGUAAAUAUUUGUCUCUCAUGUCCUUCUAGGGUGGGAGGGAAUCAAUCUGGGGAUUAUUUCCAAUGGAAUAGAGUAUUUUGAUAUUGUUCAUUCAGAGGGUGAUGUGUACAUAUCUAUAUUGUAUAUAUGUGAUGAAAAUGCAUUGGCUUUUUGUGCAUCACAACCUUUUAUCUGUACUGCUGUUCUACAGUCAGUGUUUUAAUGUUUCUACCGUUUUGUUAUUGCACGGUUUACUAUUUUGCCUCUAUGAUGAACGGCACGGAUUCUUUGUAACAGUUUAGUGCUGUAGAACAUAUUCCAAGUGUCAUUAGGAUUGUUGCUGCCAGAACUGAUAUGCAUGAAUGGCACUUAAAAUAAAGAUAUUAUAUUAACUCCA